AUGCCUCAUGACACCGCCCCCCAACCGCUCCAACGAGACAUAGACGAGCUCGACCUCUCCGAUGAUGACGCCGUUUUCAAAGCCUUGGAAGAAGAGGACGACACCACCUACCGUGCCCACCGAAUCGAACAACUCAAUACCGAGUUCGCCACAUCGCAAAAAUCUAACAACCAAAGAACCACCCUCAUCGAAGACUCUCUUUACCCGUCCUUAAACAGCGAUCAAUCCCUCCUAGAUUUCACUACCCAGGCACAGCGAUGCGUAAUCCACUUUGCACAUCCGGACUUUGCGCGCUGUGCGACCAUGGAUGAACACAUCCGGGCGCUCGCGGCCCGGCAUCAAGACGCGCGAUUCGCAAGAGUCGACGUGCGUGAAACGCCGUUUGUCGUGGAAAAGUUGAAGAUAAGGGUUCUUCCCUGUGUGAUUGGGUUUACGGACGGGGUGGCAGUGGAAAGGGUGCUCGGGUUUGAAGGGCUGGGGUCGGGGGGCAGUGAUGGGUUGGAAGGGUUUAGUACGGCGACCCUAGAGAAAAGGCUGUUGGCGAAAGGGAUAUUGUCACACACAAGGUUCAAUGCUGGAGACGAUGAAGGAUCAGAGGCGGACAGUGGUGGCGAGGAAGACGAUUCUGGAAAACAGGGGCGGAGUAUCCGAACUGGAAAUACGCGAGCCAUCAAGGAUGACGAUGACGACGACUGGGACUGA